AUGAUUUUAGUUAAUUCAACCGAAACAGAGCCCGACAACAGUGGCCUCGAUACGGAAGGCAAAGGUUUACCCGAACCGGCCAAAAACAGUGUCGAUCCUGGUGACAUGACCAACGUUAAUGCCACCAGACCAGAGCGUAGAAAUAGUGGCCUCGAUCCAAAUUGUUUCCAGUCAGAAAACAACGUCUUUACACCGACACAAGGUGCAGCUACACAUUCUCGCAAUGUAUCCACACAAGAUGAUACUGAUGCUGGAAUGCUCAAUGAUGAUAUCACCAAAGAGCAAAUUGUCAGACCACCAAAGAACCUAAUCGAAUAUUUCAAAAACAAUAUUUAUAUGGGACAUCCAGACAAAGCGGGACAAGCGUAUCUUAAGUUGACGAAAAGAGAGCGAAAGAUGAUUUUAAAUGAUUAUGAAGCAAUAGUCAGAAUUUAUCAAAAAAAACUGGCUUCAAUGUCACAGAAAAUAUUUCGCAAUUACAUUUCGGGAAUGAAUAAGGCUAUGGGUAGAAAUG